CUCUACCUUAUCAUUCGUCUCUUUGGGUUGUGGUCGGGCCGAGAAUCGGCCCGGGUCAUGCGUUGGCAUUGCAGCUUGCUGCUCCUGCCGCUGGCUUUGGCCUCGCGGCCGCCGCAGGUUUACUUCGCGGAGCCCUUCGAUGAUUCCUGGGAGUCGCGCUGGGUGCAGUCAGAAGCACCAGGGCGGAACGGCCCCUUGGCGCGCUUUCAGUGGAGUGCUGGCCAGUGGUUCGUCAACGAGACGGAGCAGAGAGGCCUCUAUACGGUGGCCUUGUCACACCAUGCAGCCUCGGCGCGGGUGCCGCGCUUCUCCAACCGCGGAAGGGAUCUGGUGGUGCAAUUCACUGUGAAGCACGAGAAUGAGGACCUGUCCUUUUGCGGCGGUGCUUACCUCAAGCUCUUGGGCAGUGACUUGGACCAGAAGUCCUUCAGUGCAGACACGCCCUACCAGAUCAUGUUCGGCCCGGACAUCUGCGGGGAUGAGGUGUCAGUCAUCCACCUGAUUUUCGCCUGGAGAGGCCGGCAGCUUCAGCGAUCUCCGGAGAUCCCACUGGCCUUUGAUGACCGAGAUGCCUUCUCGCACAUCUACAGCUUAGUCCUGAAGCCAGACAACACCUACAAGGUGUACCUGGACCUCAAGGAGAAGUCGUCAGGCGCUCUGCACGACUUUUGGGACUACCCCAAGAUGACCAUCGACGACCCCGGCGACUCGAAGCCUAAGGAUUGGGUCGAGGCCCGGCGCGUCAUCGACGACGAGAAGCACAAGCCGGAGGACUGGGUGGAGCAGCCGCUGAUCCCAGAUCCUUUCGCCUGGAAACCGCUGGAGUGGGAUGAGGAGGAGGAUGGCGCCUUUAUGCCGGCCAUGGUGGAGAACCCGCAGUACAAGGGCCCCUGGCACCCCAGCUGGGUGGACAAUCCGGACUUCCGCGGUGCCUGGAGGCCCCGGCAGCGCGGGAAUCCGGAGUACGAAGAGGAGGUCUACUCCUACACCGACCUGGCCGGAGUCGGCUUUGAGCUUUGGAGUUCACAGGGAGGCUCAGUCUUGGACAACGUCUUGCUGUGCGACUCCUGGGACUUUGCCAAAACAGAAGCCCAACGGCUGCAGGACAUCUUCGCCAAAGAGGCGGCGGCCCGGCGCUCGGAGUCCAAGUCCAGCCCUGAGGAAGGCUAUCUCCAGCAGCUGCGGGAGGAUCUCGGCUUCGCAGGCUUUGACCUGUGACGUGUGUGACCAGCCCGAGGUGGCGGUCACUGCAAACGACCCCAAGGACUCGCCCGG